UGGAUUAUUUUGUCACCAGGUCACGUCGAUAUCAAAACCCAUCAACCCCCUUCUUCGGUUCUUCCCCUGCUCCCCACCAACCACCCUUCCCCUUCCGGAACCUUCUAGAACCCUGCCCAUGGCGGCCUCCCUCCUCCCCCGCGCCGCCGCCGCGCUCUGCGGCGCCGCUCGGCACCACCACCUCCUCCGGUCCUCGCUCCCCAAGGAAACCCUCCUUCCUCCCCUGCUUCUGCUCCUCACCACUGCCACGCUCCUCGCGGGUAGGGCCGGAUGGGCGGCGCGCGCCGCGGAGGACGCCGGGUUCGGGUGCAGGGUGUCGCCGCUGAUGGGCGCGUUCGGGAUCGCGGCGCGGUGCAACGCCACGUCGUCUUCGUCCGCGGUGUCCGAGGCCGAUGGCGUCCACGCGGUGCCCCGGACAGAGCCCGUUGUGUCGGCCAAGUGGCUGCACGCCAACCUCAGGGACACCGACGUGAAGGUACUUGAUGCCUCUUGGUAUAUGCCUGCGGAACAAAGGAAUCCACUACAGGAGUACCAGGUGGCUCAUAUUCCUGGUGCCUUAUUCUUUGAUGUUGACGGAAUAUCUGACAGAACAUCUAGUUUACCACACAUGCUGCCAUCUGAAAAGGCAUUUUCGGCUGCUGUAUCCGCCCUUGGCAUCUACAACAAAGAUGGGAUAAUAGUUUAUGAUGGAAAGGGACUGUUUAGUGCUGCUCGUGUUUGGUGGAUGCUCCGUGUUUUUGGACAUAAUAAAGUUUGGGUGUUAGAUGGAGGUUUGCCCCAAUGGCGUGCUGCUGGGUAUGAUGUUGAAUCAAGCGCCUCCAGUGAUGCCAUCUUAAAGGCUAGUGCUGCUCGCGAAGCAAUUGAGAAAGUUUACCAGGGACAAUCGGUUGGUCCUUCCACAUUUGAAGCAAAGUUGCAGCCUCAUCUUCUUUGGAGUCUUGAUCAGGUGAAAGAGAACAUCGAUACCCAGACACAUCAACUUAUAGAUGCUCGAUCAAAACCUAGAUUUGAUGGUGCAGUUCCCGAGCCACGCAAGGGAAUAAGAAGUGGGCAUGUGCCUGGGAGCAAAUGCGUCCCUUUUCCUCAGGUGCUUGACAGCUCACAAAAGCUAUUGCCUCCAGAUGAACUCUGUAAACAAUUUGAGCAAGAAGGAAUAUCACUUGAUCAACCCCUGGUGACCUCUUGCGGCACUGGUGUGACAGCAUGUGUAUUAGCUUUGGGCCUUCAUCGCCUUGGCAAAACUGAUGUCGCAGUAUAUGAUGGAUCAUGGACCGAAUGGGGUGCCCACCCAGACACUCCAGUUGCUACUGCUGUUUAGUACCUGGUGCAGACUAUCAAGGACCCUGAAGGCCUGAAUUGUACUUCUCCAGUAAUGUGAUCCUAUGGAGGAAGGCUAAGUAAACCGAAAAAGAGGUCGGGUUGGUGUAAGGUUGGGGGAAGCCGUUUGGCCAUAAACGUUGUAAAUGCUGAAACAUAAAAUUGUACUCUGUCAAUUGAGAGUUGAUAAUCUCUCUUGCCAAGGCCCUUUCUCUAUGGCGGCACAAUAAUAAAUGAUACGACAGAAGAAAAACUGUUGUCGAUGUUAAUAGAUGCAUUUUGGUUUC